AUCGAGAAACUGACUAAUGUCUGGUCACUCCAUGUAACACAUUUGUCUCCUCCCUCAAUCUCAGCUCUCUCACUUUCCUCUUCACUCCACUCUCUCUCUCUCCAUCCAAAAACCAUAGUCACGAAACUCAACCUCUAAAACCCUAAAACAGAAGCAAUGUCUAACCAAAACCCUACAGCCAUUGCUUCCUUCUUCUUGAUUCUAACCAAUGUGGCUCUAGUCCUCUCAAAAUCAACCAUCGAGCCUUGCUCCAACUCGGACAACUGCAGCGCGUUACUCGGCUACACGCUCUACACCGACCUCAAAGUCUCCGAGGUCGGAUCUCUCUUCAACGUCGACCCCGUUUCGGUUCUCACCGUUAACGCCAUCGACAUUUCGUACCCAGACGUGGAGAACCACAUUCUUCCGUCUCAGCUCUUCCUGAAGAUUCCGGUUACUUGCUCCUGCGUGGACGGGAUUCGGAAGUCCGUGUCCACGCACUACAAGACUCGGCCCUCGGACACGCUGGCGUCGAUUGCAAACCAAGUUUACUCGGGUCUUGUCUCGGCCGAUCAGUUGAGGGAGGCGAAUGGGAUACAGGACCCGGAUGUUUUGGAUGUGGGAGUGAGCUUGCUGGUGCCGCUCCCGUGUACUUGCUUUAAUGGGACGGAUAAUUCGUUGCCAGCUGUUUAUUUGAGUUAUGUUGUCAAGGAAGUGGAUACACUUGCGGGAAUUGCGGCUAGAUAUAGAACGACCCUUACGGAUUUGAUGAAUGUUAAUGCUAUGGGGAGCACGGCCAUCAAGGCUGCUGAUAUUCUUGCUGUUCCAUUGCCAGCUUGUGCAGCAAAUUUUCCCAGAUAUGCCUCAGAUCAUGCAUUGAUUGUGCCAAAUGGGAGCUAUGCUAUCACAGCGAGCCAUUGUGUACAAUGCAGUUGUGGGCCAGGGAAUCAAAAUUUGUACUGCAUGCCUGCUUCUUUGGCAGUUUCGUGCUCUAGCAUGCAAUGUAAAAAUAGUAAUCUUAUGCUUGGAAACGUUUCGAUGCAACAGAGUAGUGCUGGGUGUAAUGUCACUUCAUGUAGUUAUGGUGGCUUCGUCAAUGGCACCAUCAUCACUACGCUGUCUACAUCUCUUCAACCUCGAUGCCCAGGACCUCAGCAAUUUCCGCCUCUUAUAGCUCCACCUUCAUCAGUAAUCAGAGAUUUAUCUAGUGCUCCAGCUCCUGCACCCGAGUCAGAUGGUGCUGGAUCGACAACACCCAAGUCUUCUUUGGUGCCAUCAACUGGGUCACUCCCUGGCGUUCCCCCUGCAAGUGGUCCUUCUGGGAGUAUUUCUGAUGCUAGCUCCUUGAUGAAUUCAUUAGCCACGUUUCCCAUGGCAUUCAUCUUAUGUUCAUUUGUCAAGUUCAUGAUGUCUAUUUCAUUCUAAUUUUUUCCAUCAACUGUUUGCCUAGAUGGUGGGUUUUUUCUUCUGUUUGGUUGGUUUUUUAACCAGUCCCACCAGUCUAUUGUAUGUAAUCUGUCUAUUUUAUGACAACGUUAAACAUGCAGCAAACCAGAGGAUUUUUUUCUUAUUGCACCUA